AUUCUCAUAUCAAUCACCGGGAACUCUUUGGUUCUAGCAGCCAUCUUGAAAACUCCUUCCAUUCGAACACCUUCUAUGAUAAUGAUUUCAAGUCUCGCUGUUUCCGAUUUGCUGGUGGGAAUCAUGGCUCAACCAUUGUUUCUUGUUAACGAGUUCAAGAACUUAACAGAAAGAAACCUGUUAUUACACUCGCUGACUUCUUUAGUAGGUUUUUUUGUCUGCGGAGUCUCUCUGGGCACAACCACAUUGAUUUGCGUUGAUAGGUUCAUGGCCGUGCAAUAUCACAUGCGAUAUUCCUCAAUCGUGACUAAACUUCGCGUACUGUACACGGUGGUUGCAACUUGGUUGUUCACUUUCUUAUGUCUGGGACUUUACUUUUGGAACAAGCCUAGGUAUCACUUGCUGGCAGGAAUUUACACCGCUAUGUGUCUAAUUAUUUGCACAUAUCUUUACAUCAAAAUAUACGGAAUUGUUCGCCACCAUCAACUGCAGAUUCGCGUCCAGGAACAAGCCGUACACAGCUCAAACGUUGGAAGCCAGCACCUUAUGUUGCGUCUGAAAAAAAGCGCCUUCAGCACUUUCUUGUUUUACGUUUGCAUGGUCAUUUGUUUUUUUCCAAAUGUUAUUUUAAUGGCCUUGUUUGGUACGGUAUAUGCAAAAUGGCGACCUGAAUGGGACUUAGCCACGACUGUGGUAUUCAUGAAUUCGUCGAUCAAUCCAAUUUUGUACUGUUGGAGACUGCGUGAGCUCAGAGCAGCGGUGAGGAAGAUUGGAAACAAGAUGUUACAUAAACAAACAGAUGAGGAAAUCGUGACAACCACAUACGCGGGCUGAAGGCAGACAUAGGAAAGGUUCAAAGAGAUUAUAGAUGUAUAUCAUUGAACCUAGAACAACUGAUAUUUAGUAUCAAGUUCGUAAACCUGUUUUACCGUAUUGCAAGGAGGCAAUAGAGAGUUUUAGCAUCGACAACUGCUACGACAGCGAGAUCGUCACUUUUAAAAUGACUUAGCGUUUUUCAAACUUUAUCGCGUUAAUUCCAAUUCAUUGAAAAUGUCUAAUGUAGGUAAAUUUCGCUGGCGUUGAUUUCUUGGGGACCGACUCAAGUUUAGAAAGAGAAAGAAAAUUUCCCUGUCGCUUGUUUACGUCCUCCAUAAAACGUGAAAUUAGGCAUUUUCACGUCGUAAUCGUGGAGUAACGGCAAAGAAAUGUACAAAAAAGCGUGAUGCACGUGCAAACUUGAUGUUUCGUUUAAUAAACCUGUUGCUUUUUUGACGUCCUCUUUGCCGUCGCCGUCGUCGUUGCUAAGACUCCCUAAUUCGGGACCCUUCUCGCCGUUAUUUUUGUCUACCACAACGCACUGCAAACUGCGCAAUGGAGGAAAAAACAGGAAAUACUAUAUUGCGUUUCAAUUUUUUGGCCUUGAUCUGGCUAUGGUAAUGUAUGAUAAUGAGCUUAAGACAAAAUAAAAUCAAAUUAAAAAAAAUCUUCAAAUAAAAUUUAAGCCAAGGAUGGUCUUGAACCACAACACUUAUUCAAUAAAUACAAUUCAAAAGCAUCCCGCACUUUCGUCUUUUAAACUUUUAUUAGCUAACCGAGUAAUCAAAAGACUAUGAUUUAAAAUGCAUAUGGACACCAAGAUUUUGUUUACGUUUUGGAUAAUAUUGUUUUCUUUGUCAACAUAAAGCACCGUAUUUUCUUACUUAUACUUCAGCCCCCAAACUUGGAUGUGAUUUAAUUUAAUAUUUAACAUUCUUCGUUUUUCAGGUACGUCUAUCUAAGAAGGUUUUAUCUAUUUGCGUUCACGCUGAAGCGUUUGUAAUAGAGCGAGGAUAUAAUUUACUGAUUGCUUUGACUUUGCAAUGCUCUCUUUGUAAAUGGCUGAAAAAUAUCUCGCCGUAUUCUCAACACGUCAACGCUAAAACAAAACUAGUCUUGACUUUGUGGAAUAAGUAUUUUCCAGGGCCCACAUUAGCGCUUAACCCAGGUUUCUCUUUUUCGUUCAAAAGUAUUUUCUCGGAUAGUUUUCUCUGUUAUUUUUAAGAGCAUCCAAUCAUCAAUUUGUCGACAAAAAGAAUGAAACUGAAUUUACUUUUUAAGCUUUCAUAUCAGAAUUCAAAUUUCACACUAACCCCAGUUUGAACAACCCGGUCCAGCCCUCUACGCUGGUUGCGUGUAUUUUCCUCGAGUCCUUGCUUGUCCAUUUCGUUUGCCUAGCUAAGGUUCGCACGCUACCGGACGAAUUUUCGACCGGUUGAAAACUCGUGUGUUAAGGUGUUAUGAACGUUCACAAUAAACCACCUUAACCUUACAAAAAUCUAGACACCGAGCCCUCAAGAAUUUGAACGCCAACAUCUCAAAGUUUUAGCCGGUACAGUCAAUGGUUUUCAGAAUAUGUAGGUUCAGGAUAAGAGAAAAAUUCGUGAAUUAGGAUCGGAGCACACAAAACGCGUCUGCACAGCUAAGUGGACAUGUCUGUACUUUGGUGUGAACAGGAAAACUGUCUUAAUUUUGGUUCGGCAAAGUCGUGGUUGCAUGGACGUGUGGUAACUCAGCUGCAAAACGCCAUUUUGGAUCUGCAAAUUUAGCGCUCUGCGCAUGAGCAGAUAGUAAAACUACUGGAAAAAACAAAAGUAAUAGGCCACUUCCGAGUUCCAAAAACUCUUACAUUCACAACGAGGCUAAGUGCAAAAACGUUCUUGUGAAAAUGAGUUUUAUCUCAUCGAAAAAUCUGUAUCAAAUUCUGAUUGGAGAGUCUGUGUAUUGAAAAUUAUCAGUCAAAUUAAGACUAAUGCCACGUCCGUAAAGGUGGCUGAACACUGUUUUGGCAGUUUGUGAGUAUAUGGCAUUUGCCAAAUCAUGGCAACAGAAAGGUUGCAGCUCACCAACUGAAACUUGAAAAAUAUACUGAUGAAAUAUUUUGAUUGAGAGGUAAAAUUUGACGUUUUCGUAGUUUCCAUGACAACAUGAACGACUGAAUACAACAUCAAAAUUUCACUUUCGCUCAGUUUACAUAAAAUUCGCUCAUUAGAUUUUCCUAUAAACUUGCAUACAGCUUACUAUAAUUAAUCAUUACCAUUUGAAACUUAUUUGACCAAAUAUUAACAGACGGGUUUUUAGAUAAUCAAUAAUAUAAUUGUUCUGUAUUUAUUUAAUGUGUCACAAAUUCGUCCUUUCAACUUCCAUUUUAAAGUUCUCAUUAGUUCAAAUAUGAUAAAAGAAAAAAUUCUGCCAAAUAUCACAAAAUAUUAAUGAGUAGAUUUUGAGAAAUCGUCUUCUGUGUACCAUUGCUUUUUUCGUCACCAUGUUUGUUUGUCUAAUCUAAAACACAUGCUACCGCUGACCUCCCGCAAAACUGUGUUCAGCCACCUUAAGCGCGCUGAGCGCCAUUAGUUUUGACAUAACUUAUUUCUCCACUUUCAAGUAUUCCUUGAUGUUUGCGUAAAAAAUCUGAAAAAUCCUUACCCGUCAUCUGUUACAAAGUCAAAUAUUUGAUGAGUAGCAGCCACUUUAACGCUAGCAAUCUCUUGCAUUCAUUUGCAAAUCAACGGUACAUUGAUAUUCCAUUUUGAUCUGAAUAACAAUUUAAAUCAGUUAACCUGUAGUAUUAAAAUCACCUCCGCCUACUUGUUUUCGUCAAAUAAUUUUCAGGUUUAGACAAGCCUCAAGCAAUGAUCUGAGAAAAAAAACACUUACUAGCAACAUUCACAUCACAAAAGAGCUUGUUUUACCUAUCUCGCAUAAUCAAAACAUCAUAAUGCAAGUCCUGAUCAAAGUCUAGACAUUAGUCAUCGAUCGGUGUAUUAAAAUUCGGAUUCUUUUUUUUGUGCAAUUUAUCUCUAUAGUGACCCCCAGGUUAAAGAACAAAGGGGCAUACAAGUUGAAAUCGAAAAUUUUAAAUUGGUAUUUGCGUGGAGCAGUGAAGAUAUUGCUGACAAAACACUGCGUUGAAUAACAAGACGUGAGAACUAGAACGUCGCUUCGACUGAUCCCUUUCUCGGAGAAAACGAAAGCGCAGGUCGGAGCAGCUGCUUUGAAAAAUCAACCUGAUUUACCGUGUGUUAUCAACUCCGAUGAGAUUUACUUCCGCCCUUCGCUGUUGACGAGCAAGAGGAUACAGUACGGAGGAAAUUAAAGUGGGGAUCUAAGUUUUCGACUGGAACGGAAGCUGGGUGAAAAGAUGGACGACAACGAUGGAGACAAAAACAUAUCUGCUACUCAAAAAAACAUAGCCGUCAUCAACUCUGUGAUCAAUACCCCUCUGAUUCUCAUCUCAAUCAUUGGGAACUCACUGGUGUUAGCAGCCAUCUUGAAAACUCCCUCCAUUCGAACGCCUUCACUGAUCAUGAUUUCCAGUCUGGCUGUUUCGGAUCUUCUGGUUGGCGUCAUGGCCCAACCGCUUUUCAUUGCGAACAAGUUCAAAAGCUUAACAGAAAAAGACUUGUUUUUGCAACAUGUAACAGUAAUGACAGGGUUCUUUCUCUGCGGAGUCUCUCUUGGUACGACUACAGUGAUCUGCGUGGACCGGUUCAUGGCCUUUCACUACCACAUGCGAUAUUCCACAAUCGUGACCAAAUCUCGCGUGCUGUGCACCGUGACAAUGAUUUGGUUGUUCACUUUCUUAUGCCUGGGGCUUUACUUUUGGAAUCAGCCUUUGUAUCAUUUGCUGGCAGGAAUUUACCCCGCUAUUUGUCUCAUUAUCUGCACAUAUCUUUACAUAAAAAUUUACGGAAUCGUUCGACAUCACGACAUGCAGAUUCGCGUUCAGAAGCAAGCAGUAGAAAUCUCAAGUUGUGCUAAUAACACGCACAUGCUUCGUUUGAUAAAAAGCGCUGUUAAUACGUUCGUGUUUUACAUCUGUCUCGUUAUAUGUUAUUUUCCGAACGUUGUUCUUAUGACUUUGUACGGGACAGUACACAGAGAGUGGAAAACCGAAUGGGAUUUGUCGACGACUGUGGUAUUUAUGAAUUCUUCGAUAAACCCGAUUUUGUAU